CUCCCCCACAUUCACCUCUCCCUCUCCGAGCGCGAGCGCCCGAGCGUGUGCCAAGCUGCCGCAUCUGUGUCUUGCUCCUGCAGCGGCCUCGCCCGUUCCGACGCCCACGCACGACCCUUCUCGAGCUCAGUAGGGCAGUCUCGAUCGAGAGUUCGCGGCAAGGUCACGUCCGAGGCAGGCGUCGUCGUCUCGGACUCCGGCGCAGCUCGGCGCACCUGAGCGCAGGGAGGACUCAGCAGCUCGCUCCGCGUCGUGAGGCGGCACUGGCGCUUGCUUCGGCCGUAAUGAGCGACGCCUCUGCCUCAUCCGCGGCGGCGGCGCCGUCGGCCUCGUGGCUGGCGUCGCUCGACGCCGUGUAUGCGCUCUUCGAGGACCCGGCACUGCGGGCGCAGCAUGCACACCUGGCGCAGCGCACUGAGGAGGCGGUGCGGCUGUGCGAAGAGGUGGUGCGCGAUGUCGGGCUCGAGGCGCUUGCCAUCUCCUACAACGGCGGCAAGGACUGCAAUGUCCUCGUGCACCUCCUCGCCGCCGUGCUGCAGCGUCUCUCUUCCCCUGCCUCCUCCUCCUCGCUGCCGCGUCUGCCCGCGCUCUACGUCGCCUGCGCCGCGCCCUUUGCCGAGGUGGAGCGCUUCGUCGCCGCCAGCGUGGCGCGCUACAAUCUCGAGCUGCGCCGCGUGCGCAGCGACAUGAAGGGCGGCCUGCAGGAGUACAUGCGCAUGCGCGCCGAGCACAUGGGCCGGCCCUGCAGCACCGUCUUUGUCGGCCAGCGCCGCACCGAUCCCGGCGGCGCCUCGCUCAAGCCAAGGGAUCCCACCGAUCCCUCCUGGCCGACGCUGGAGCGCAUCCACCCCAUCCUCGACUGGUCGUACGCCGACGUGUGGGCCUUUCUGCGCUGUCCCGUCUUUGGCGACGAGGCGCUGCGGAUGAGCGCUGCGCAGCGCGACGAGACGGCGACGGCACAGGCACCGGGCGUGCCGUACUGCGUGCUGUAUGACCAAGGCUACACUUCGCUAGGCUCGACAUUCAACACGCUGCCCAACCCCGUGCUGCGCCUCGAUGAUGCCGACGCCGGCGCACCACGACACGCCGCUGCGGCGGCCGCGGCAGCGCCGCCCUCGGCGCUCGCCACGCGCGCCGCGGCAUGGCGCCCCGCCUACAUGCUGCAAGACGAGCGCCUGGAGCGCGCCGGCCGCGUCGGGAGCUCGCCGGCGCGAGAGGGGCAGGGCCAAGCUGGCUAGCUCGUUGGGCGACGAACGAUGCAGAAGGCCCACGUC